AUUCCUUGCGCAUGUACAUUGUGAUUAUAAAUCUUAAAGAACCGUAUGUGAUAUUUAGUGACUUUUAUAUUCGUUUAUGCGUAAAGAAAAUGUGUGUACAAAUUUAGUGCAUAUAAUAUUACUUAAGGUCUCGAAUUAGCACUGAGAAUAUAAAAUGGAAAAGAAUCACAGAUUAAUCUUAAAAAACUUACCUUUAAAUAUAAAUAAUGAGAAGAUUGAAAAAUUACUUAAAGAUUAUGUAAUUAUAAACAAUAUCGAUUUAAAAGAAAAGACAAAUAUUGACGAAAGCACGAAGAAAUUUGCUUUUGUUAAUAUAUGCAGUACCGAUCAAAAUUUACAAACGUGUUUUAGAGAAUUGAACGAUAAAGUCCUCGAUGGAUUUCAAAUAAGCGUGGAAUUAGCGAAAGAAAGUUUUUUGGAGCGAUUAAAAAGAGAAAGAAAUGAAGAUCAAUUGAGCAAGAAUCAUUCUAUAGUGCAAAGUAAUCAAACUUAUGAUGCUAAAACUGAUUCAUUGAAAAAUUAUGAAGAAAUUGAAGAUCGAAGCGAUGACUCAAAAAUACAAGAGAUAUCAAACAAAAGAUCUUUUAAAAAUUUAGAGCCAAAGAAAAGAAAGAGAAGUGUAAUAUCCAAUGAUUCAAUCGACAUUGAUAAUACAUUAAGCGCUAGUACUAGCCAGAAUGUAAAUGUAAAUGAAUCCGAUAAACAAAGAAUAAUGUCAUUGACAAAAAAAAAACAGGCAUUUAAAAUGCAAAAGCAAGCAAUACAUAAUAGUUUGAAAUUUGUGGAUAAUAAAAAUUCAAAUAAAAAAAUUAUAUUUAAUGAUAAUUUAGAAAUUCAAAAUUCUGAGCAAAAAACUUUACAUAAAAAAAGUACUCUUUUCAACAGUGAUGACGAAGAUCAAGAAAAUUACGAAUGGAAUGAAGAUGAGCUUGACGCCAAAGCCAAUUUAAAAUACAAAUUACAUAAAUUACAAACACACAUUGGCAAUGAUAAAAGAUUUGUUCUUGAUGAGCGUUUUAUAGAUGAUGACGAUGAUAAAAUUAAUGAAAUGAAAGGUGAAAAUAAAGAUAAUCAAAGUGAAUUGAAUGAUAAGGAAUGGCAACGUGAUAGUUUUGGAAAUGUUUCGGGGCAAUCGAUUGAAACAACAGAUCAUCAGGAUACAGCCAAAAAAAAGAUUCGAAUGGUGAGGUAUGAUCCUACCGCAAGUAAUCAUCAAGAUUAUGAAAUAAUUACUGAAAAGUCAAAGUGUGACAAAACUGUUAAAAAGAAAGAAAAAAUAAAAGACACUGAAAUAAAAGCAGAUAUUCCUGUUCCAGUAUCUAAUGAAAUAUUCUAUGAUGUAUCUCAGAAUUUAAUUACCAGCUUAAAUAAAAAUGAACAAUUUAGUUUAUUACAAACUUUUGGUCGUACUGUCCCAAAUACUGACAAUAAGAACGAAAUUAACAGCGAAGUGGAAGAAACCAUAAAAUUUAAUUUUAAUCAUAAUACUAAAAAAAUGAAAUAUGAUUCUUCUGACACUGAAGAUGAGGAAGAAAUAAGUGAAGAAAACAAAGGUACAUUACCAAAAUCAACAAAAUCUCUUGAAUUUAAUGUACAAAAUGAUAGGCUAUUUUUCUAUGAUAAUGAUCCUCGUUUUUCUGAAGCCAAAAAUUUUUUUAAAAAUCAAUCAGCUCAUAAAGAAGAUGUAUUUAAGAAUACAAGACGUAAAUUAAAAGAAAUCGUACGUUCUAAAAUUCGUAAAAAUUUGAAAAAGUCUAUUCCUUGGAAUAGAAAAAAAAUACGCAGAGCACAAAAAAGUAAAUAA